UGAACAGUUUUCUUAAAAUUCUCUGUAUGUUGCAAUUGGAGUUUUUAACUGACACAAUCUUGUAAGACAUGGAAAAAGCUGUGGAAAAUAAUAAUGUGGAAGAUAAUGAAGUUAAUCAUAGGCAGAUGAGAUCGAACAUUCAGGUAGACGAUGCAAAACUUCCUGUUUGGAAAAAACGUAGAUAUCACGUUGUCUUAAUGGUUUUCUUUGGGCUAUGUACGUUGCUUAAUCACCGGAUUAAUCUUAGUGUGGCUAUUGUAGCGAUGACUGAGAAGGUCAAUGUGACUCUCAGCAAUGGAACUGUUGUUGAGGAGCAAGAAUUUAAUUGGGAUUCUAAACAACAAGGACUUAUCCUUAGCUCCUUCUUCUAUGGAUAUAUUGCUACUCAGCUAUUAGGAGGUAUUCUGGCAUCAAGAUUCGGUGGACCACUGAUUUAUGGUAUUGGAAUUGGAGCUACAGCAGUUCUGACACUCCUGAUACCAUUAGCAGCUAAAACUCACGUUGCUCUUCUAUUUGUGAUUCGAAUCCUUCAAGGUGUUUUCGGGGGAAUAGUUUAUCCUGCUAUCCUUGCCAUCUGGGCCAACUGGGCUCCAACCUAUGAAAGAGCAUUCAUGGGAAAUAUUGGUUAUACAGGAAACUACGUUGGAAUCAUAACUGCUAUGCUUCUUUCUGGACUCAUAAGUGUGGCAUGGGGGUGGGAAUUCAUUUUUUAUAUUUUUGGAUCUUUUGGUUGCCUGUGGUACAUUGUGUGGAUUUUUGUAGUAAAAACAAGUCCAGAAGUUGAUCCUUUUAUCACAGAAAUUGAGAAGAAACACAUUUUGGCUAGUCUUGGUGAUCGAGGGCAGGUGAAGAAAAUCUCUCACCCAUGGAAGAACAUUUUCUCAUCUCCAGCAGUUUGGGCUGUUGCUGUUGCAAAUUUUACGGCCAGCUGGGGAUCCUUUACUCUUCUAACUCAGCUUCUUCUUUUCUUAAAUGACACAAUUUCCUUCAAUUUGAGUACAACCGGUGUAUUGGCAGCAAUCCCUUACAUGGCAAUGGUUUGUGUCCUUUUCGUAUCAGGAUUCUUGGCGGAUUGGGUACAAGUUAAGGGGUAUCUGAGGACAGGCCAGGUACGCAGGUACUUUACAAGCUGUGCCUUUAUCAUCCAGAUGAUUUUUAUGCUUCUAACCGCCUUCACGAAUGAUCCAGUUCAGAGUGUUAUAUUCAUAACCGUGGGAGUUGCAACAGGAGCAUUCCCUUGGUCAGGAUAUGCAGUUAACCCUCUCGAUUUAGCCCCUAGCCAUGCAUCCAUCAUCUACGGAUUGUCCAAUACACUAGGGAAUUUAUCUGGAAUUAUUAGUCCCAUAAUAUCUGGGUACAUUGUUACGGAUAAGAGCCGAGAUCAGUGGCGCAUUGUCUUCUACAUUUGUGCUGGAGUUUUCUUAUUUGGCGCCAUUUUUUCAUUAAUUUUCAUGCGGGGAAAACUUCAGCCAUGGGCUAAACUCGAUAAGGAGAUCCUUGAGAACAAGAAACUAGCAAAAGAUGCUAAUAUUUCUUCGGAAAAUAAUCGACAAUAGUUGGUUGUGUUGGUUGCGUUCUAGUAAGUUUCACUCUCAGAUAAACUGCCUAUCCUUGUAAUGUAAAAAAAAAAUACAUAAUUAUGUGAUAGAAACCGCAUUCGGAUUUUUUUUAUUUUUAAUAAUAAAUCUUUCUCUUUAUCUUUGAUGUUUCGGUUUUCUUUUAGAAUUGUAAUUUCUUACAAGAUAUGGUAGAGAUUGCAGGAGCGUGUUUUGUUCACUAUCU